AUGUUUCCACUCUCCUUCUACCUUUACUUCAUCAGAUCUUCCAGUGUUUCCUUUGCUGGUUAUGGCGUUCACAGCCCCAGUCUCCUGAAGCAUCACAUCUUCCAUCAACCGUCGGUGAACGCAGACCCCGCAGCGCAGGAAAUCUGGAGGUCUGAGACGCUGCUACAGAUGUUUGUGGAGAUCUGGCUCCAUCACUACUCCUUAGAGAUGUACCAGAAGCUGCAGUCUCCUCAGGUAAAGCUGGCGCUGCUGCAGUACCGCCUCAGUAUGUCCAGCGUGCCGAGCCAACCCUACGCCCCCCCAGGCUCUGGGACCCGCCACACCUACCAAGUACUUUUACCUUUUCAUUCACCCCCGCCCCUCUGGGGCCUCCUGGAGGAGCCCUUCAGCCCGACGGAGGAGCACGUGUUGGUGGUGCGUCUCCUGGUGAAACACCUGCACGCCUUCUCCAACAGCCUGAAGCCGGAGCAGCUGUCCUCGUCGCCCUCGGCCCACUCGCACACGCACACCAGCCCGCUGGAGGAGUUCAAAAGAGUGGUGGUGCAGCGGUUUGUGCAGCAGAAACUCUACCUGUUUCUCCAGAAUUGCUUUGGUCACUGGCCUCUAGACGCCUCUUUCAGAGCGGUGUUGGAGACGUGGCUGAGCUACAUCCAGCCGUGGAGAUACACCGGGGAGAAGACUAAUCCUCAGCAAGAGCAAAACAGAACAGUACCGGACAAAUGGGAGUCGUUUGUUCAGGAGAACCUGCUCAUGUACACAAAGCUCUUCCAGGUGUUUUUGAACAGAGCCGUGAGGACGGAUCUGGUUAAUGCCAAAAACGCCCUGAUGGUCUUCAGGGUGGCCAAAGUCUUCGCUCAGCCAAACCUCGCUGAGAUGAUCCAGAAAGGAGAGCAGCUGUUCCUGGAGCCGGAGCACGUCCUGCACCACCGCCAGCCGCGCGGCUACCUGACGCCGAGCCAGGGCGGCAGCUACGUGUCGUCGAAGCAACGGGUGGUGACGGACAUGGUGUUCAGGGUGAAGAGCCACGUGUAUGCUCUGGAAGGCCAGGACUGCCAGUACAAACAGAUGUUUGGCACCGAGCUCAGAGGAGCCGUCAUGAAGUUGAUCCAGAUCAUUGCCCAGGCCCGACAGACGGCCAAGAGGAUCUCGGACCACUCCAGCGUGGUCACGGCCAACAACUCCUUCAUGUCCUGGUUCGGGAUGGGCUCCCCCGAUCUCAACAACACCUUCAACGGGGGCGAGGCGGAGGACAGCGGGGAGUGCUUGAAGAAGACCCACGAGUUCCUGGACAGAGCUCUGGAGAACCUGUGUCAGAUCUUUAAGGUCAGAUUAGUUUGGACCCCUGUUCAGGUCUCCUGUCUUUUCAGAUAUUGA